GAAUUGUGACCGAUCGUGACUGUAAAGAUAGGCAUUACGUACCCAGUGGGGGAGUCCCUAAGACCACAUGUAACUUAGCAACCCGUUUCGCUGUCCUAACAAACUGCAAAAGUGAGGUCUAAUAAGAGCGCAACAUAUCUAAUGAUAUCUUCGGAAGGAAUAUCAUUCUUGUACAAGUUUUUUUCUUCGUAACUUCGUUAAGGCAUAUUUAAUUUCAAGAUACUCAUGAAUAGCGUUCGUCUUUGUAUUGGAUACACGACACGUGUACACUGUCCAUCCGCCCAUAAGACACCGUGCUAAUUGAUAUCACAGUCGACACGUUGGCUUUGGAUGCAUACACAUUGCUGUUGUUACUUGGAAUAAUAAUUGUCUACACCAGACAUGAUGUCAGGACCAAGGAACCGAGCGUUAACGGCUAGGUGCCGCUCUCGAAAUUCAACAUACAAGGCGGAUAUUAUUGCAUCUCAAAAGCAGUAUCUACGUCAAUGGAAUGACGUUGGACUAAAACCAGUUAAGAAUGAGAUAGAAUACGCAUUGAGGCAAACAACUGUAGAUCACGAGAAGGCAAUUAACACCAUUAAAGAAGUCAAAGAUAAAGCAUUUGAGUUGUUGAAAUUAUUUUUCAGACCAUUAGAGGAUGCCAUCUCAGAUAAAAACCGGAAGAUUCGUAAGAGUUUGAAGGAAAAGAAGCAAAAGAUCGAAAAUUACCAAAACCGAUUGAAAUCCUUCAUCCAGCAAAUAGAAGAAGGGAAACAUUCUUCAGACUUUGACAAAAAUAAGUUUGUAGAGAGAGCAGAGCAGUUGAAGUUGGAUACAGGUCAACUAGCCAUCAAAGAAUCUGUUAUCUGUGUAUCAGGGGUUGAGAUCAACAUGGUGCAGACGGAGGUCGACAGGUUUCAACAACAGAUCCAACAGUUCCUGAAACAGUUCAAUCUAGAUGACAUGUUCGGAGUGGAAGACACUAAGCAGGAGUUCAAAGCUCGUAUCACCACUCCUCCAGAGUUAUCUUCCUCUCCUGAGCAAUCUCUGCCUACGAUAUCCACUAACAACUUGGAGCUUACUCCACAUCCACCCAUACAUGCUGCGAGAGCGAGGAGUGCCUAUUCAAUUAACCGACAUUCCCAAGUGCCAUCGUCUAUAACCACUCUGAAAUCGAUAGAAACAGUGGAAGAUUGCCGUUCCAGAAGAUCUGACCGGUCUCCACUUCACAGAUCUUUGCCAUCUGAUGCAACAAAUGCGGUUAAUGGUGGAAAGGUUAAACCAACCAUUUCUGUUUCUCCUCGAAAAGCGGUUGCUAACGAUGAUCAAAAAACGGGGAGGAGACUAGACCAUCCCUACAGCGUAGAUGUGCUCAAUAAUGGUAACAAAGUUGUUGUAGAAACAGAUGCAUUGAAGAUCAUCGACAGAGAUUCAAAUGAGAUUGUGCAGAUUAUAACUUUGUACAAACGUGACGAGGCCAAGGCAACUGGGUGUUGCGACCUCACCGUCUUAAAGAAUGACAAUGUCAUCGUAUGCGAUUCUCAACGAAAGAAACUGCUACUUGUAAGACCAGGCUCUGACGAGUAUGAAGUUUUCAUGGAGUUUGAGAGAAGAGCGGUUCCGCGAGCUAUAACAAAUGAUGGGGAAAUCCUUUACAUCUGUCUGUGUAUGGAGUCAGGGGAUGGUGUCUUGCAGAAGAUUGACAUUGAUUCGAAACGUAAAGUUGGACGCUUACCAUUUCCAAGACCCCAAAUGACUACAGCAAGUCCAAAGUAUGUAGCAAUCAAUAGUUGUCAGGAGAUCCUUGCUAGUGACGCCUUGAAUGGAAUCAUGUGGUUCGUUGAUAGGGAGAGCAAUGUUCACAGAUUUACCAAUGCCUGCAUCCCUGGCCUUGCAAGGCCUACUGGAAUGUGUUGGUUGAGUCCAACUCGGUUCGUUGUAGCUGUCCAGGAUGUUCAUCAUCAUCGACUUCUUGUUGUUGACAUUACUGAUAUCAAUCACAUCCGUGUCAUCAAUACUUUCGGAUGCAGAGGCAACCAACCUAACGAGUUCAACUCUCCUGAAGGAAUGAUCACGUAUCAGGGCUAUGGUCAUGAUCAACUCCUUGUUUGUGAUUUGAUGAAUUCUCGACUUAACCAUAUUCCCCUAUCUUACCUGGAAGACUCAUCAAUUGUUUAAUGUGUCAACCAAAAAGCCCAUGUUUGGCAACUAGGGUGUUACUGUAUCUCUGCCCAAACAGUGUGAAUCUUCCAUUUUCUCCUUAUAUCCACAAAUUUCUGGAAAUAAAUCUGAUAUCUAUUCUGGAUUUGAACUGACACAUACAUGGCAUAUAUAAUUGCAAAUGUCAAUAUGCCUUCAUCUUUCUCUCUUUAAUCAUGUUAAUGUUUAGUUCUGAGUUUAAGUCUAUAAUUUUCGGGUGUUUAUUCUGGAGUUUAUUGUGCUUCGUUCUGUAUACUUUUUGUAUAUCGUGCUUAUCUUUUGGUCUAUGGCAGAAUGCGUUGGACUCUGCUCAUGAAUUGAUCGAGAAAAGACGGCAAUACUCAUAUCAUGCUAUUGAAGUAUAUAGACCCAGUUGGUCCGACCUGUCAAAUAAGAAUGAGUAAUGACAAAUUGAUCUUAUUGUUUGUAAAGCAUCGAUACUAGUUUUGCUUCGUAAAGCUGUCCGUAAGAAUGGAAUCAAAAGAGGCUUGUCAUUAUACUUUUAAUGAUAAAUGUCAUUAGAUAAAAUUAAAAUAUGCAUGUAUUCUGUUUACAUGAACAAUAAAACUUUGCUUUAAUUUCAAUGAGGUUGUUUCAAACUAAAAUUGAAUUAUAAUAAACUUUCAAACUCUCGGACUCGUACUUUGGCAAUUCAUAUAUUCCAGAAGUUGUUCAUCAAGUGUUAUGUACAAUUGAUUACGGAAGGCUUUAUAAAAACCCUCCAUGUUUAAUUUCAUAUAAAAUCGAGCGAUAGAUGCAUGAUUGAAGGCUCAAUGUAGCGUUACUCCUCUAAUAAGGCCUAGUAUGCAAAUAUGUAAAAUCUAACAUCUUCCCAAAAAGAAAGAAGGGCAUAUUUUACCACUAAAAUGAUAAACAUAUAAUAGAAAUAAGAAAUAAAGAUUGCAGGCGAAUAAUCACGUUUGUUCCUAAGUUAUACGAAUAAAAUUGGAGUAAAUUCAUUUCCGGUAGAAUAACUGUUUUUUCUCGUACUAUUUUCAUCCUUUUUAGUUGCACACAAACAAUUCAAUUCUCGUUGUGGUGUCUGUUAUGUUUCUUGAUAUUAUAUAUAUUUGCGAUGGCUAAUAAUAAAGACAAAUGGCUCGUAGUAAAGACAAAUUAUAUUUAUUUUUUCAACUGGAAAUAUUUUUGUUUUAGCGAAUAAAUGCAAAUUUAAUACUUCCAUGACAACGGUAUAAUUGCAAAAAGAUAUGAAGAGUAUAUUUACAACAGAUAUAUUUAUUCAAUACCAAUUGGACGCCACUUAUUUCAAUCCUUUGCUGCAUUCGCACUUAUUUUUUAAAUGUCAGAUAUUCAUAGUGGUAAGGAGUGACACCAUACAGGGCCCUGGAAACGAUUUCUUUACUGGGGGUGCGUAUGUGAAUUUGACAAGCAAAACAAAAAAGUUUCACUAUCAAAUUGAAGGUCAUUUUAGUCCCGAUAAAAAAGGGUUUCACUGAAAAAUGAAGGUCACAUUGCUCGAGAACUUUGACAAGCAAAUAAAAAGGGGGGUUCACUAAAAAACGUAGGUCAUUUUGGUAACAUUUAUCAAUUUUUUCACAUCUACCAGAAUUCCAGGGGGUGCUGCCUAUGGAGAAUAAUAUAUGCAGCAUCCCGCUUCCUAGGGCCAUGAUACAGUAUAGUGCAGAUAAGCAUUACGAUGCAACGCGAUUUAAUCAUAAUGUAAAAUCGAACAAAUAAAAUCUGUUUGCAAUUCUCUCUAUUUUUUUUCCAAUUUCUAUUAUAAGAAAUCUGCUGAAAACUUCUGUUUUCAUUAUGACAAAGGAAAGGUGAGCAAAAUGCAUAACGGGUUUGUCUGCUAUGGAGUUAGCAAUUAAAAUGACCAGUAUACAGAGAAAAAAUAUUAUAGGAUGCACAGGCAUGCAAUUUGAUACUUUGAUAUAAGAUUUAAACUCUUUCCUCCGAUAUGGGCAGAAAAGGUCUACUUUCAUCUAAACUAAUGCCAUUCCAUCUAAUAACCAGUUGGUUCAAUAGCCAUUUAGUCCGUUAAAUUGUGCAAAAUGAAUGAAAAUUAAAUGGAUAUUAGACCGACUGGUUAUGAGACGAAAUGGUCAUAGACGAAAUGGUGAUUAGACGAAGUGAUGAUUAGACCGAAUGAUUGUUAGACAAAACGUUGAUGGACGGAAUGGCAUUAGACUAAAUGAAAGUAGACCAUGUGUGGACGAGUUGGUAGUAGACGAAUUGACAAUUUACCUUUUCAUUCACAAAGUGUGUUUAUCUGAAGUUAUGGUAUUAUAUUGCCUCGACAUUGGACCCUUUGAUCCAUUAUAAAAACCACAUUGCUUUGAUUUAAUGAAUAAAGACAUCGGCGCACUAGGGUUGUAACAUGUAUGUGCGAGGUAAUGCAUUUAUACAAGUGUUUGUUUGUGUGGGGGUGGGGCGGAGUUAGGGGCAUGUGUAUCAAUCUGUUGUCUAGUUUGUGGUUACAUUAUGCUUCCGAUGAUAGCCUGAUUGAGAUAUUACGACGGGACAAUGAGCGAGCGAUAAAAAGGCGUUAUAUUAUUACGAAAUAUAUUUUACAAUCAUGUAUAUAAACUGUAUAUUUAAUUUUGGUGGACAUUGUCCCGUAUUAUUAGUUGCAAUUAAUUUGAUCAAUUACAAAUACGUGAAACCAGCGACCCCAUGCUUGUCCGUCCAAGGAGUUUUCUUAAUCAUUGUUAAUAUAUACUUUUGCACACAUCAGAUGGGCAAGGAAAAUAAACAUUUUUUCGGUGGUCGAAAUGGGAUAUUUCUUCAUAAAACACGCUGCACAUGCAUACUGAGUAAUAAUGCACAUAUAAUAAAUCAAUAUUUCUAAAUUUGUUUGACUUCUGAAAUAGUUUUUCGUCUACCGUCCUGUUUUAUCAGGUAUGUUUGUACGAGAGAGCGGAGGGAGCGAGGUAAAAAUGGAGACUUCAGAUGAACAAGCAUCAUUUAAAACUGUCCUGUUAAAAGUAUCGAUCAUUGUCGGCUCAGUUGAUAGAGCGUCCACCUCAUUAAUAGGUAGGUCGGGAAUUCAAGCCCUGGCCGAUGCGUCAUACCAAAAGACGUUAAAAAUUGAAGUUUCUGCUGCCCUGUUUGGCGUUCAAGUCACGAUUUAAGGGAUAGAGCAACGUCGAUUAGGCGCUGCUCAGUGGCUGCCAGACCUACGAUCAAUUAGGUAAAUUGAAUUUUCGGACGAUUUCUAUGUCUGGCUUCUAUUUUGAACAAUAAAGUAUGUGUUUUUUUCAAUCACACGUGAAUAUGUGA